UUACUACUAGUUGGGUGAGUAAGUAAGCUGAGGUAACAUACUAACAAAAGAAUUAAAAAAAGCAGUCGUGGGUGGUGGUGGUGGUGGCGCACGGCAGCACAAGAUGAAUCCGAUGAGAAUGAGAAUGGAUCCCUUAACCCUCCUCCGUGAUUUCACCAUUAGAGGCGACUUAGACAAAAUCGUUCGUCUCAACGGCAACUUCCGUUUCGGCGAAGAUUACACCUUCCCCUGUUCUCUCGAAACCGCUUAUCGUUCCACAAAGGGAAACCGCUACACUCUUGAAACCCUAGUUCACUACAUCAAAAAUCAUCACCUCAAACACACCGAGUAUUUUCAAAAUACUUUAGCUCUUGGAAUUCCCUCUGUUACCCUCCCCGAUCGUAAACCAAUUCUUAAUUAUCUUCAAGGUAUUCUCUCCACCACCGAUUCAAUUGAAUAUCUCCCCGAACAGCCUUCGAUCCCCGAUGAACCUUCUUCUCAUCAACAACACUCUCAAUUUCCUAAUUCAGAUGAAAUCAUCACUGAAUUAGAAUCACCACCGUUGGAUUUCAUAUCAAUGAUUAGAACAGCUGAGAAGCCACUCAAGGAUCGUGAAUCUUUACUCGAGUGUAAGAAUCGUGAUUUUUACAGCGUGUUAGUUGCUGCUACUAAACGAGAAGAGGAGCGUCAGAGGGCGGAGUCUCAUCAAAGGAAAGACGGUUUAGUUGCUAAGAGUAGGUUGUUGGGAAGUGCUGAUGAUUUUGGUGGUGAUGAAAUGGGAUAUGAUCAUCAAACACCGAAACCUAAAAUGCAUCUUAAAAUCGGGGAAGGUGUUCCAAUUAUUUUGGUUCCGAGUGCUUUUCAGACACUUAUUACUAUCUAUAAUGUUAAGGAUUUUUUGGAAGAUGGGGUUUAUGUACCUACUGAUGUUAAGGUUAAAGCGAUGAAAGGUGCUAAGCCGGAUUGUGUUACUGUUCAGAAGAAGCUUAGUAGGGAUAGAGCUGUUACUGCUUAUGAAGUUAGGGAUAAGCCUUCUGCACUUAAACCCGAGGAUUGGGAUCGUGUUGUCGCGGUUUUUGUCUUGGGAAAGGAUUGGCAGUUCAAGGAUUGGCCUUUUAAGGAUCAUGUCGAGAUUUUCAAUAAAAUUACUGGAUUUUUUAUGCGGUUUGAAGAUGAUAGUAUAGAGUCAGCAAAGACUGUCAAGCAGUGGAAUGUGAAGAUUAUCUCGAUUAGCAAGAACAAGCGGCAUCAAGACAGGGCUGCGGCAUUGGAGGUGUGGGACAGACUGGAAGAAUUUGUGCGCUCGCGAUCACAUUCUUGAUUUGUACCACCAUACUUUUAGCGAUCACUGUACGUACUUUUGAUUUUGAGCUCCUUGCAUCCAAAUAUUGCAAUAUUUGGUGUCUUGUAAUGUUUUAUUGGAUGAUAUGAGAUAAGUAGUUCCAACUUUUAACAAUGUAGUAUUUUGUAAAAUUAGGGCUGUCCUGUCACUAAUAUCCUUUUUGUGUGCGAAAGAUUGAUAUGCUAUUUCACCAUGCAAGGGAUGGAAGUUUUUCAAUCAUAACAAAUUCUUGAGUUGUUCAGUGUCUCUAAGUUUAUACUGCCAAAGUUCUUGUCCAUAUAAGAUUAGUUUUCAUGCACAUUUGGAACAUUUGGCUUUACUUGAACUUUUGUUUUUUAUCAGUAAUUGAAGGAUGUAGAGACUGUUGAAUGAGAGCUUUAGAAUAUUGUUUGGAGUAUUUAUUUUGUUAUUAGUGUCUCUGUAACUUACACGACGGACAUUUAGUCCUUUCCCGUCAUAAUCAGAUGUGGUUUGAGAGAUAUC